AUGAAAGCAACAAAAGCAAAAUCCGGAAACACGGCCACAAACGCUGUGCCCUUCAACAACGCACCCCUUAAAAUUGUGUUCCUUGACUGUGAUGGCGUUGUGUCACCCUUUGGGGGGCCGCUGUUUGCCCCAAGGCAGAUGAAGUUCCUCGCUGAUAUAAUAAACGGGUCGGGAGCGCAAAUUGUGUUGAGCAGCUCGUGGCGCACAACAGAUUUUGGGCGGAAAGAAGUGGCCCGUCAGCUCACCCAGUUUGGCAUGCCAGUUUUCAUCGACUGCACCCCGACGCUUCCGGAUAAACCAAGGUCUGUGGAAAUACUGUCGUGGAUUGAUUCUAACAAAAGAAAGUACAAUAUUGUCAACUUCGUUGCUCUGGACGAUAUUAACUUACCACUCAGCGCCCCUGAUCGCAACUUCUUCGCGCGGCACGCCAUCGUCACGAAUGCGACAACUGGAUUGACGGAAGCUAACGUGAAGCAAGCGCUGCAAAUGCUUUCCGAUACCAACAACAUUUGA